CAACUUUUUUCAAUUACUGUAUCACUUUCUGUCGUUUAGCAGCGGUUUUCCUUACAACUCCUUCGCAAAGAACUUCCCCACCCACCUCUUCCUCUCGCCGGCACGAUCUCCCCCAAUUCCAACGAACGCCCACAGAUGCAGACGUAACGUAACCCAUCCGAAAGAGCUUCCUCUUUCCCGUGUUUGCUACAUCGUCUCAUCAAUUACAGGUGCCCAUACUUUCUGUCUGUGACCUUCAUCCCUUCGCCGCCUCACCUCCAAAAUCCACUAUCACAAUCAACCGCUUUAGUCUUCUCCUUCCUCUCACAACUGCUCCUACGCGCCAUCGCCCGUGAUUUAUACAGUACUCACUUUACUUCCAUGGAUUAAGAGAAGACUCAUGCUGCUAUCCCUGCCAAAUAGCUUUUCUUCCACCUAUUCGUCCAAACGGGGGAAAGGCGGGUUUCAUGAGACGACCCUAGAAGCAGCCGCUAUCUACCUUCAACAGGUCGACCUGUAGAUGGAUCUGGAAGCAACGUUGUCGAACCCGGUCCCCCGCAAAUCUCAGGGAGGUUUGAUCCCGUCUCCGAUUCGUUUCUCCAGCAGCGCUCCACUAUCUCGGUUCGGGGCUCCGGAUGCUGCUCUACUUCACUGCGCCGCCUCCUAUCUCCCUCCCAGUUCCCGUCUUCCUCAAAAGGAGCGUCGUCGUCGGUGUAGAUGGCCAAGCAUGAUCGACCCCAGUCUCCCAAAUGCAAAUUUCCCUGCAGAUGACGAGAAAACGACCACGAUGACAGAUAUGACGAUGAUGCUGGAGACGACACCAGUUCAUUUUACCGACCUUCAGUGCGGACAGACAGAGAUACACAGAAAGAGAGACGACAGGCUGGUGAAAGCCAGCAACAGCAGGCUUGUACUUUUAAUGGCGGCAGCAGCAGCCUGGGUUCUACAACUUAACAUCAUUGCAUCAACUCUUAAUCCUCAUUUUUUAAGUGAAGGUCGAACCUUUUCCUCUCUUAUUUUAGUGUAACGAAACAGGGGUCUGAAGAAGAUGUUGACUUGAACAACUGCCCUACAUUAUGAAGACCAGAAACUGUCAAUCCCAAUGCCAUAGAAGUAAGUAUGCAUCUAUCAGGAGGUUACAACCUAUUAUAAUUUCAUGUUUCUUUUAGUUCUUGAUCCAUUCUUAAUGGCAGUUCUGAAGAUUCAAUUCAUCUUCUUUUUAAAGUUCCCAGUAUGCUCCUACUGGCUUUGGUUGUGACCAGCUAGCUCAUUUUCUUCAGCAUGUUAACAUAUAUUGUGUUCUGCAGGGUUCGGGCAAGAGCAAUUUAGUUCCUGUUUUACUUUCCAAUCUCCCUAUGUUUGUGUAUAAUUAUCUUCUUCUUUAUAAAAUGUAUCUCUUACUUAGACCUGGUACCAUGUAAAAAAUUAUGUGGAUAUCCAGUCACACGCUUCUUAGAACUGAUGGUGAGGCUGCUUAGAAAUGGUGGUGAGGCUGCAACCUACAGUUAGGUGACUUUGCUGCUACUGUGUUUAUGGUCUGCUUCCUAUGUAUGUAUAAUUAAUGUUCCAGCCAUUGAUCAUGGAUACUUGAGAUUUUGUAGUUCACCAAGGAGGCCGGACAUGAGGAAACUAAAGUUUAGGGUUAACUGUGUAGCUCCACCUCUCCUUCUCCUGCUCACAGGUAGAGUGGUGUUCUCAGUUUCAGGUUCAAGCUUGAGAUUCUUAAACUAAUGGCCUUUGUUGGUUAAAAAUGUGGCAGUACGUUUACUGCAUGUUGGACAGUUCUCUCCUUUGCUUUCUCAAAGCAGAUUGUCACGCUGCAAAAAUUGAAAGCUGCAGUAUGUAUGAGGUGAGGCUCACAAGCAAGGACAAGAGAAGCAAAGCGUUCUUGGUGUUCGCUUUGAUCGUCGGCGGUAUUGCCCACGACAGAGGGUAUGAGAAGUGGUUUGGCACUAUUUUGGGUAUGGUUUGGAGGUUGUGCCGGAUACAAAGGAUCAAAUGGCGGCUAAGUUUCGAAUGUAGUAGUAAUAGAAGCUUGGGAACAACGCCAUCGGUGGCUAAAGCCAUCAUGAAGGGUCCGCCAGGCAGAAUGCGAUUGCGGAGUACUUAUCUCACCCUGGAAGCUCUUCCCCACCUCAUUACACCUUUCUUAGUUUUGCUGGUGGAAGAAGCAGCAGCUGGAGAAGAUGAAAAAGAAGACUACGGUGACGUAGAAGGAAUAGAGGACACUCUGGCCUCAUCCCCGUGGGGCGUGGGAUCACGCUUCUACGAUAUGGUUCAAGUGGAGAGCUCUCAGACAAAUCCGAUGUGUUCUCCUUUGGAGUAAUGGCUCUACAGCAGAUUAUAGGAUGGCACCCUGUAGACACGACUCAUGCUUACAUGGACAGCAGCCUGGUGGACUGAGUAAGUUUGUAUGCUUACCAUCGAGUUUCAUAUGUGGAGCUGGGAUUCCAGUUACUUCGGGAAAGAUAAUCAACUUUAUUGUUGUAUUACUUUGUAGGCACAGUCAUUACUUACACGAGCACUGGAGGAUGGAAGAUACGAGUCUUUUGUUGUUUUCAUACUUUAUUGUUGUACUGCUUCUGUGUUUUUGUUGGCUGUGUGCUUCUCUUUUCAUGUUGCCGUGUUGAAAUGCCUUAACUUUAAGUGUAUCAUUGGAACCUAUUCCCCUUUUUUUUUUCUCUCCCGUUGUUUUUGUUGUGUAUGAGCAAUGCUCAUAUUCGUCUAUGACUUAUGCAUGUUGCAGCAAAAUGAGUAUGUGAAUUGCUAUUUGCUCAACGACUUAAUCCCAACGUCAUAGAAGUAUGCAUCUAUCAGGUUGCAGCUUAUUAUGAUUUCCUGUUUCUUUUAGUUCUUCAAUCUGUCCUUCAUGGCAGUUCUGAAGUUUCAGUUUAUUUUCCUUUUACAGUUCUCAAUUGGCUUUGGUUGUGACCAGUCAGCUCAUUUUCUUCAGCCUGUUAUCAUAUACUAGAAAAAUUGCCCGCUGCUACGCCAUGGAGACUUAAGUUGCAGAGUCGUGAUGAAAGGAGGGGCAGUUUAGUUUAUGACUUUAUGGUCAAUGCAGGCCGUUGUAGUUUUCUCUGAUGCAAGGAUUCCCCUGUCUAUUGGAAGAUAAAAAUUGAUUUUGUGACGCACUUGUCUAUUGUCAAAUUGGGAUGCUUAUUGCAAGACAAUAACAAAUUUACUAUACUUCACCAAGACCUGCAAACAGAAAACAUGUUAGCAAUUUUUUUUUUCUUUAUGACUACCAUCAUGUUAAAGUUAAUGUAAACCCGCCACCACUUAAUGUUACCAUUCUGUUCAAACAAAAGCCUGCAGAAGCAGAACACUUGGUUUUCGUUAGCUUCCAAGGUCUCACCAUCCUCCUCUCAGUCCCUACUUCUAAUUGACAUCUUCUUCAACUCAUUGCACCAUUCAUUUAUAUGGCCAAGUAGAUCUUUGCUAGCAUAAAAAAUUAUUUGUUGAUAGUGUGGGUUUCAGUUUAGGCUGCUGCUGUAAAUUGACUUCUGAUGCAACAUCAUCAUUAGAGCACCUCAAAGCAGUUGCCCAAAUUCCGGGAAGAUGGUUGCUUCCGCAAAUCCAGUUGUUUCCUCUUUUUUUCCCCCUUUUUUGGCGGGUGUCGUAUAAGUGAUCAAAACCAUCACACCGGGCAGGUGAACAUGCAGGCGUCUCCAUCGCUGCAGUCAAUUCCAUUGCCCAGUUCAAUCAUCAUUGCUGAAACCAAGACAUGACAACAUAAGAAGUCAUCAUUGAAUUAAAGCGACCAAGCUAUCACACCCAACACAACUGGCUGCUUCAACUAAUUGCAGUUUGACUAUAUUUUCCAGUUCAAAGAGCAGCCUAGGAAAGGAAAUUUCCAAAGGAGAACAAUACAAUACGAACGACGUUGAGAAUUCAACUAGCUUUUUACCCGGCCAUUGGCCGGUGAGUUUAAUUUUGUCAUUUGCAUUAAUCAAUUUAUCUAUAUGUUUAAACUAUUUUGGAUCUUCUAAAUUUUUUAGAUUUGCAUUCAUUGGUGAGUAUGUUGUGCGUCUAUGAAUUAAAAAUUCUCAAUACUUAGCACAUUCAUUUAUGAUGCUUCGAUUCACUGAUCAUAAAUCAUGUCACAAAGAUAUAUCACGUCCCAUAUAGAAUGUUAUGUCAAGAUUUUUCAAUAACGAUACUCAAUUUUUUUUGUCUUAUACAAUAUAUGUCAUUCAAUGAAUCUCGAGUUUGGACGAACUCUCAACCAAUGAUGUUGCUCAGAUGACGAUAACUUAGUUAGAAUUUUUUUUAUAAAGGUACUUCAAUAUUACAUAAAUUUGGUCAUCCCAAUUGAAAAUUUAAUGUCUUGGUGUAAGAUCAUAUUUGGUGUAAGAUCUUAUACAAUAUGUACCAAUUGUUAAUUCCUGAAGUUUAAGAUAGACUCACCCUCAACUCAUGGUCGUUGUUUAGAUGUUAAUUGGUUUAGAAUCUCAGUCCAAGAUACUCACACACUGUCGAGGGUUCUAAUCUUAACAUGGUCCAUUGUUGUAUAAUUUUCUAACUUAUCAAAUAUGCAUUUGCUAAAAUGUAUUUAUUGUUGGUGUUUGUUUUGAGAUAAAAAUUUCAUUACUUAUACUAAUAUCUUCAUUUUGUUGGUGUAAUGCCACAUCUAUUGUCAAUAUCUAAGCAUGAUAUUGUACUCUAAGCAAGGAAAUGCUAUUUGGACCACGAAUUAACCGGAUUUGUGGGCAUGAUACUAUACCCUAACCCUUAAUGAGUGAAUCCUAGGUCUUAGUUAUCUAAAUCAUAGAGCUUAACCCCUAAGAUUGUGCAUGUAAUUUGUUGCAUAGAAUUAGCUACAUUAAUAUUUUGCUUGUAAUUUUUUGCUAUUUAAUACUUGUUUUCGUUGAUAGAUAUAAAAAUUAGAAAAAUAUAGUGUUUGAUAACCAAAAAAUAAAAUUAUAUAGUUGAUUUUUCAAAUUCAAUUGAUUAUUAAAUAUGUAUUAUCUAAACUUUCUUCAUUAUUUUUGUUUUUAAAAUUUUUAUUAAUUAUCUGUGUGUUUUAUUUAUUUUUUAUCGAAAGAUAACCUAUAUUAAGUUCUAAUAAAAAUAAAAAUUAAUUGAUCAGAUUUAAUCAAAUAUAUUUUUUGAAGCAUUACAAUAUAUGUCACUCUCGAAACAUAAGUAUACUGUUGUUACACAUAUGAAAAAUAUAAUUAUUGAAUAAAAAAACAUUAAAAGAGGAUAGAGAUAGCUACAUAGAUGAUCAUUAAAAUAAAAAGAAAAUAUUAAAAAAAGAUAGAUAUAGCUACAUUAAUUGAUCAUUAACAAACUUUUUUGUUUGUAAAAAAAGUGUCCACCAUGGCACUUUGUAAAUUCUCCAAAUGCUUAUGUGGCAACAAACUACUUUUGAAUUGCUAUAAUAUUAUGUAUUGAAAAAUAUAGUGUUUGAUAACCAAAAAUUAAAAUUAUAUAGUUGAUUUUUCAAAUUCAAUUGAUUAUUAAAUAUGUAUUAUCUAAACUUUCUUCAUUAUUUUUGUUUUUAAAUUUGUUUAUUAAUUAUCUGUGUGUUUUAUUUAUUUUUUAUCGAAAGAUAACCUAUAUUAAGUUCUAAUAAAAAUAAAAAUUAAUUGACCAAAUUUAAUCAAAUAUAUUUUUUGAAGCAUUACAAUAUAUGUCACUCUCGAAACAUAAGUAUAAUGUUGUUACACAUAUGAAAAAUAUAAUUAUUGAAUAAAAAACAUUAAAAGAGGAUAGAGAUAGCUACAUAAAUGAUCAUUAAAAUAAAAAGAAAAUAUUAAAAAAAGAUAGAUAUAGCUACAUUAAUUGAUCAUUAACUAACUUUUUUGUUUGUAAAAAAAGUGUCCACCAUGGCACUUUGUAAAUUCUCCAAAUGCUUAUGUGGCAACAAACUACUUUUGAAUUGCUAUAAUCUACACAAUAAAUAAAAGCCAAAUGAAAAAACUUGAAACCCCAUUUCAAAUUUCAUGCAUCCAGAGUGAAAGUAGGAAGGAUAUUUUGGUCUUCACAAUUAUUUUUUUUAUUCAUUAAAAAGACACUUACUAGGAUUCGAACCAUGACCACUUUAAAGAAAAGUAAAGAUCAUAACUAAUCACACUAAAUACAUUUGUUGUAUAUAUUUAAAUAAAAAACAUAUAAUUGCAAAGAGGAAAAAACCCUUCACCCAUUUCAAAUUCCCUGCUCCAGGAGCGUCUGUAGGAAGAGUAGAAUAGGGAGUGUCAAUUUUUUUCUUUUUUCUCCGUGGAACGGGCCAACUUACCGUACACAUGCGGAUUUAAACGGGUCCAUGAGUGUCAAUUUUUUUCUUUAAGUCCUUUUAUUUCUCCGUGGUAGUAAAAAAAAUAUGAAAAGGAAAAAAAAAAUAAUACUCCUUUUUAUUGCUAAAAUGAAAAAAAUUUAACAAUAAACUAAUGCAUGGAUUCUAAUGGGCUAACCGCUAAUCAUAAAAUAAAAGAGUUGAAUGGGCCUGACCUACACGGGAUUUUCCCAUCAAGUAAAACAAAUGAACAUCAUGGGUUUGUCAUUCUAAAACAAGCUAUUUUCUCUAGCAUAAUAUAUAUUAUGCUAUUAUUUUAUAUUUUAGUGGAUAAAAUAUAAUGUAUUUUAAAGUUAUUCAAUGGUUCAAUUUCGACCAACCCAAUUAGUCCAAUUUUUAUCAUUUCAAAUAUAUAUUAUGUAAUUAUUUGAUAUCAUAAUGAUUAAAUUAUAGUGUAUAUUAUAGGGAAUCGUUUGGUAUUUGUUAGUAAAAAACUAAACAGAAAAAUCUAUUUGGUUAUUUGUAACAUUAAAACGAUCCUAAACAUUUUCAGUUUCCUUUCAAAGUUCUAUAGUUUUAUUCCCGAAUCAGUGAUGUGCAAAUGUCGAAUUGCAGGCAUCUCUUUUCUUUCAUUAUUUUUUAUUUUCAAAUAGAAAGUUUAAAAGUAAAGAAUAAUUAGAGUUUGGCAUGGGUCGGUCAAAUAGGAUGGAUUUCAAGUUUUGGUCCGUUUUGGUCAAGUCUAAUUUAUAAUCACAUGGUUCCCUGAUACCCGAUAAAAAUCUCAAUCCAAACCAGUUUGGCAGGUGAGUCCGUGUUUACCACCAUUUUCUAGGGAUACAAGAACGGUGGUUCCUAUCCCAAAUCGUGUUGUUCAUUCUUGAUUUCUUUAGAUUUUAUCAUGGCUUAGCAAAAAACCAAAAAUCACAAUGAUGACAAGAUGAAAGUUUUAUAAAGCAAAUUAAUCGGCCAACGGGCCGAGUAAAAGCUAGCAACGAUUGUGAGAUGCUCAUUUCCCGAAAAUCGGCGGGAUAGGGGAUUUUUUAUCCGAUUUUCUGGAAUUCGGUUUCUAUAGAACUUACUCAACCUCAUCAUAUUACUAGAAACAAUAUUGUUUCACAAUGUAACAAGUACUUGAUUUUGGUUCAUAAGGCUGAUUUUUUAUUCGUUGCAUCAUUCAUGUCUCUUUUCUACUAAAAUUCACUAUUUUUCUCACGUGUUUCUAAAAAAAAAUACAAUAAGCUAUACACCCCAUUACAUUAUCAAAUUUCAUACCUCACCUUCCUCCGACCAAAUGGCCGGGGCCCACGCUAGUAUUAUGUAUAGAUAGAUAGAUAAAUUAGGGACUCGUGACCUAACAAUGACGAUGGAAAGAAUUGAAAGAAAGAAUAUUAAAUGGAAAGUUUAGCCUAUGAUGCUUGUUUGAACAAAUGUUAGUUUAUGCCAAAAAGCACAAAUCCAUCAGCCUCUUCCUUUCGCUGAAAAACCUGUCAAUAGAAGGUAAAGAGAGCAGUCGGGCAUAUCAGAUUACCCGAAAAUAUCUGAAGUUAGAUUCGUAAUUUUAUAUAUACAAAGACUGACAGAGACCAUGAAAGGCAGUCCAAAACAAUGGUGGCAGAUAUAAUUAAGCCACAUAAUCAAAACACCAAAUCCACAUGAAGCAAAAUAAGUAAGAGGACCAAUUUUGGCAGAAUGUGUUUUGACUUUUUACAAUAGCCAACCAUAGUAGUAAUCUACAAACCUUAUAAACAUACACCUAAGGUACUAAUUAAAUCUGGAAGUAUCAAUGUUAAGGGCAAGAUUAAUACCAACAAGUGUUGUUGCUGCCACAUAUACAUGCUACUGUUGGUGCAGUCUGAAACUACUUCCGAGCAGGCUGUUUACAUUUGUUCCUUCAUCAGCCUCCCACCAGUUGUCUUCGGCAUGAGGAAGUGCCAACAAUGGUUCCUCAAUCCUAUUUAGCUCGUUGGUCCAGGGUGGCAGAUUAAUAGACUUCAGAGUUGAAGCUGAACAAACUGAAACAGGAACUCAAAGAGUUAAUAAAUGAAAAAAUUCCAUGAUUUUCUUUAGUGGGAUUAUAAUUAAGCAUGGCUAAAGGAAUGACACAGGAAGAUACUCCAAAUCCUUUCUCGCCUCAGUAGACUGAAGCUUCUGUUAUAUUGAGGAAUGCCUUGAAAUCCCUUUUCUGUCUUCGUAAAUCAGCUUCUGGUCUUGAUGGUGUAGCCUAGUUGGACCAGGCAACAUCUCCUACCUUGGUCCUGAAAAAUGACAACCUCUGUAAAGUACAACAAUGUAAAGUGGAUAGCCUGCAGAAGUCUAAGUAUUCAAAGAUCGAUGCCACAAUCAAACAACACAAAGAGCAACCAAAAAUUGUAGCAGAAGCAUUUCUAACCUAUCUAUCUGUUUGCAUGAGGAAAUAGCCCACUAAGAAACCUUGUCUUGUUGCAUAUUACUUACACCAUCCAAAUUUUAGAGUGUAAUUCCCUAACAAUAAUGUCUCCAUGUUGUUCAAGAUCGACUUCUUCCAUGAUUAGACCUGCAUAUUCCUCUGCCUACUUCUGGAUGUUUGAUGGAUGA